AGCGGGUAGCCUUCUGCAACUCCGCACCGCCCCUGCCUCUGCCUCCACUUCAAUACCAGUAAAUAGAGGCACAUUCAGGCGUAAUGAGUAUUUACCCCGAGACGUGAAACAGGGUUUUCGACGGAGAUAAAUAACAAGGGGGGGAGAAAAAAGAAAAAAAAAUGCGUCUGUCCGACUGCGCAUCCCCGUGAGGGAGCAGGGAAACACUGCAGCAGUGUCCCGACCAGACUGACAGACAUCAGCUCCAGAGCCUCGUCCACUCACCAGCCUGUACUGUAUCGAUGCUAAAAAUAAUCCCACCCAACAUGAUGACAACUUGACAGUGAGGUCACACUCCUUCCCAGUUAUCACAGAUUCACUGUUGUGCUCUUCAUCUUCUCCUCAAAGCUCCCAGCUGCCACCUGUGCGCUGUUCAUCCGUCAAGGGCUCUUGGACGCCCCCUCAACCCACGGAGGGUCCAUUACAACCUUGUUCAUCAAAACAGCACUUCCAGAAACCCCUCAAAGACCCAGAGCCCUCUCGUUCAACUGACUCCUCUCAUUCUUCCCUCUCACAACUUGCACCUGCUUGUUGACUGUGUGGUUGGAGUUCUUCAUCAAGUCCCUUCAUCCCCUCUUCCCAAGGUGCCCCCAUGGCGUCUCCCAAACUGGGCCUGUCAGCCACCACCACUUCCUCUUCCUCCUCAUCGUCCUCGGCCUUGCUAUGUCCUCCACCGCAACCCAGCAGCCCCAGCCGAGUGCCCGAAGGCCCCCCGAGUCCCGUUACCCCCAUCCCAAGCCCAGGAGUGACAUCUGCCUCAGCUGCACCUGUUAGGACACAGCUGAGCAUCGCUCUGAUCCUGGAAGAGCUUCGAGUGCUGCAGCAAAGGCAGAUCCACCAGAUGCAGAUAACAGAGGAGAUCUGUAGACAGGUCCUACGCCUUGGUGAAGCCUCUUAUAGCAUCGACACACCCUCCCAGCAUCUCUUCCCUCCUCUGUCUCAACUCUGCCUUGAAGGCGGCAACCGACCCUCCUCCCCUCCUACCCAGACAGUUGCUUCUCAGCCCCCCACUUCUGUGGCUCCUCUCUUGGCAUGUUUCUCGUCCCUGCUCCCUUCUCAAACAGUCAGCAAACCUGCACAACCAUGCAUGUCCUUGUCUCAAAUUCUGCAGCCUCACAAAUCCCAGAUUGAGAGAACAGGGGCCACCGCAGGGGCUCAUGGCUAUCCCUGGGAGAGUUCACAAUCCUCUCCAUCCCGUACAACGUCCUCUGCGGCAGUCUCCAUGUCCUCUUCUAACUAUCCCCUAGCCUUGUCUUUAGCGCUACCCAAUCGUUCUUUUCAUGAGAAGUCUCAUAAUAUCACCUCAGUCAGUGGCCAGAGCGACCUGUCCAUUCUAAACUCAUCCCUCGCUUCAUCAGUAACAAAUAUCCCAAACUCACAGCGUGGUUUACAGUCCACCUCCACUGGAGGUGACUCCUGUUCUUCAUCCAGCUCAAGUGGUACUGGUCGUCUCCAUCAUCCCUGCCGCUUUUGUGGAAAACUGUUCAGCAGCGACUCUGCUCUGCAAAUACAUCUCCGUUCACACACGGGGGAGCGGCCCUACCGGUGUCCAGUGUGUCACAGUCGUUUCACCACACGGGGUAACCUGAAGGUGCAUUUCCUUCGCCACCGCGAACAAAACCCAGAGCUGUCACUUUCGCUUCUGCCACCAUCUUUGUUUGGGGUGGCUUUAGGGGCCACCGGGGGAUCUGAAAUAGGACAGAUCAGUGGUAGCAGUUCUAGUGGCAUCAAUUUUACACAGAAGAAGCGAAAAAGAGAGAAUGAAACCUUUGGAGAUAAUUUGGAGAGGACCACUAGUGAGGUUUCUCUGGGGACCUCUGGUGGAUCUGCCCCUUCCACUCUAGCUCUCCCACCAAGUGUGGAUCUGGCUUUGAUUUCUCACUCCCUCCUGCAGCUCAACAGGGCUGCUGCUGUUGCCGCUGCAGUCUCUAUCACUUCCUCCUCAUCACACUCAUCACCCUCCUCUUCAACUUCCAUCUCUUCUAUGGCUUCCUCUCUUCUCUCAAACCCAUCCUUGUCUUCGUCUUCCACCAUAACUGGGUUUUUUAAAAGUGCCAGACAGCAGCUCUUUGACGAAAACACUCCACCUUCUGCACCAAUGCUGUCUCCUGCAGUUUAUUCCCAGCUAGCCCACCUACCAAAGCUUCUUUUCCCCUCUGCCUCUACUUCGUCCUCCACCCAGGCUGCACACUCAUCCCUGUUUAGCCAUCCCUCACUGAGCUUGUUACAUUCCCAGCUACCCUCUACUGCAGGUUCCCAACAAUAUGUCUCCAGCAAUUCCCGUCUUUCUUGUCCAGCUUCUUCCUUUCCUAAAGUCUCAGGCCCAGCAACAACUACUACACCCUCUUCCUUGCCCUCCUCCAUGGCUACUGCAACCCCUACGUCUGAAACCUCCAAGCUGCAGAGGCUGGUGGAGAAGUUGGAGAAGGUUCCUCCACACACUUGGACUUCCUCUUCUACUCCUACUUCCAUACUGGAGAUUUUAUCUAACAGUACCCCUACCUCCUCAGUGGGUUCAACCAGUAACCGUUUGACAAAUGCCAGCACCUCUACCACAUAUGUCACAGCGGCCCCAUCUUCAAACCUUGUCAGCACCUCUGUUUCAUACUUCACUCGAGAGAUGAUAGCUGCCCUCAGAAUGAGUGAAAAUGGAGCAGGUGCAAUGACUGGUGACAUUCUACCAUCACUAAACAUCCCAGGAUCAACACCUAACCUGACAAACAAUCAAUGUGGAGUGUGUCUACGGGUGUUGAGCUGUCCUAGAGCGCUGCGGCUGCACCAGGCCACGCACCUUGGAGAACGUCCAUUUCCAUGUAAACUAUGUGGAAGGUCCUUCUCCACCAAAGGUAGUCUGCGAUCACAUCUCGCCACCCAUCAUGCUCGACCACCCAACACACGUGUCCAAAACUCUUGCCCGCUGUGCCAGCGCAAGUUCACCAACGCCCUUGUACUUCAGCACCACAUUCGCAUGCACCUUGGUGGACAGUUGCCCCCAGAUGGCAGAGAUGACUCAGAACACGAGAUGUCAUCUGAAUCUAAUCCCAAAUCUUUGUUACAAUCUCCAUCCCAGUCCACUUUGCUAGUCCCAAAUGUGGUCUCAGGUCCAACAACUAAUCCAGCUGAUGACUCUGAGAGCCCAGAUUUAAGCUCAGAGCUUCAAACUCAAGAAAUUACCUUUGCCCCUGUAUCCAACAGCAUUAAAUCUUCUGAACAAAGUAAGUGUGCAUCCUCAGUUCAAAUCCCUCCUACUGACUUUAUCCCUGACUCUUUCAUGGAUGCUACCAAACAAACCCCAUCGGUAGACAGUGCAGAACCCCCAGUUCUUUGUCUCAGUGCAUCCUUACCAGCCUCCAUGCCACACGGUCAAGCUUCACCAGUUGAGCAAGACAACCAAGUUCAACAGCAAGCCACUGCCAGUAUCCACAUUCCUAAAUCUAAUUCUUCACCGCUUCACUCCAUUGUUACCAAAAACACAGAGUCACCUCCUACUAUGUUAGUAGACUGUAGAGAGGAUGAAGGGUCUAUUACCUCAGGUGCCAUUCUUGGUUCCAAACAAAACCUGGAGGACGUAGAAAGCAAAUCUGCUAAUGAUGCUCCCUUCACUUACACUUGUUCCAGCACCCCUUCUAACCCCACCCUGAGUCAAGAUGUUUGCAACCUUAAUGCAAUGGCACUCUUGGAAUCAAGCUCUGCAACCUCAAGGCCCCAAUCACCAGAACCCAUGGAAGCAGAAAAAAACGACUCUCCCCCACCUGCAACACCAAAACCAGACCAAGUGGCUAUGCCUGACGAAGACCCCAAGACAACACCCAAUGUGGAGGAUUCAGACCAAACAGAAGAAAUGGAUGGGUCACAGGGAGCAGAUACUUCUGUAAGGGAGACACCCCAGAGCUUUUCUAUGGGUUCAAAUGGGAGGGAAGUCCAGGACAAAGACAUUAAAACUAGUGGACUUGUUUCAAGUGAAGCUCUGGAUCCUUCUGUGCCCAUCAGCCUCGCUCCAACCCUUCCUUCUCCAAUGUCACGCCCUGAGAAAAAGACCUAUUGCUGUGCUGAGUGUGGAAAAGAGUAUGCCAGUCGCAGUGGACUGAAGGGGCACAUGAAGCACCAUGGUGUGGUAACCAAAGCAUCACGUCCAGCAGCCAGGAGCAGCCGUUCCUCCUCUGAGCAACUUCCAUCAUCUGCAUUGUUGACAUCCUUAAACAUUCCAGCCACCAGGAGCUCCGUGGGCUUCUGGAACCAGUACGAGGCUUUCCUUAACACCAGCAAUGAGCCAGCAGAGGAUCCAAAUGCUGCGGCUCAAGGUGAAAAUGAAGUUGCACAGCCUUCAAAAUCACCUGUGUAAUAGAUUCUAAGGAAGAUGGACAAGGAGUCCAGUGAGGGAGUCCUAACUCCAGCUGGAAAUGUUCUGGUGUUUUCAAUCGUUGUUUGCCCUUAAGCACAACUGAAUUGUUAUUUGCAUAGUGUUGCUUCCUUAAAUUUCAGGUAGCCUGUCAGUUUGGUAGUCAGAGUAAUAUGUUUGUAUGUGACAGUUUUGUCAGUCAGCUUGGUCCUGUAUAGCUACUGUAUAAAUAAUGCAUAAAAGAUAUUCAAGAAGUAAAGAAAUGAGUCCUGUUAUUGCUGGGCUUGCUAAAAACGGACAUGAAGACCUGGGUGAAGAACUUCCCAGCACACCCAGACGAUACUAUCAGCUUCUGUAAGGACUCACGGAAAAGUACAUUAAAGAAGUACUUUAACUCAUUUUAUGUCAGUUUGAAAACAUUUUGGUGCAGUUGUGCCAUAUACUAACUUUAACACGAAUGGCACCAAAGAAAGUUUAAUCCGAGUUACAAUUUUCCUUUGUUUCAAUCUAGGAGAUUCUUUCGGAUGUAACUUAGGUUAUUAAGUAAGCAGAACUGAACUUUGCAAAGUCAACAAUAUGAAUGUGUUACUGUGGGGGAUUAUUACGUGUUUUAUCCCCAUUUUGUGGUCCUGACAACUACUGGUUCUGUAAUUGUGGUUUACUUUUUUUAUUGUACUGUCCUGUCAAAACAGAAGCACACCUACAGUGUUUGUGAGCCCACCGAGGGCAUGAUCUAUGAAGGAAAAGUGUUAUUAUUAUUAUUAUUAUUAUUGCUGUUGUAUGGUUCAAAAUUAAUAUCUGUAACACGUUUGAAGAUACUUAAGUUACUAAACCUUUACAUUUAUAAAUAUCUAUCAGUCUUUGUCUGUUAGCUGUACUUUCAGUAUCUCCAUAUUAA